UCAAUUCUUUCUUAAUUUUCAAAGUACCUUGUUUAAUGUUUAUCUUCUUGUGUUCUGUUAGAUUCAUAUGUACAAGAUGACGGUCUUCUCAUAUGCAAUAGUUAUGUUCAGCUUUGUAUGAUAUAAAACGUAUAAAUUUCCUAUUUUGGAAAGUGAAUAUCUUUUCUAUUUCCUUUUUUUUUUCGAUUACUUCUUUUCACGUGAUUAUAGGGUGUGCAUGUGCAUCACGUUCAAUUUUUUAUAACUAUAAGUUUGUAAUAUUUGGUCUUAUAUGCAAUGGAUAUGUAUAUAGAAUUGACUGAAUGAGCUUUGAGGCCUUGAACUUGAUCACAUCUAAUCAUUCACUUCUUCCCUGAACUUAUUGAUGUCCACCUGUAACGAAGAGAAGACAACACCAAGUUUGUACCUAUCUUUGCUGUUCCUGCAUUUUAAGCAUUAUAAAUAGACCGUCAUCUACUGAAUGGUGAAGAUGAGUUCAGAAAACAAGAAAAUAAAACCAAAGACUGAUUUUGAACUCGUUGUAAACUAUACUAAUCCACGCAUUUGGAAAAAUUUGAAAAAUGAUUCCGGUGCAGGUGCAAAUGCAGCUUGUAAAAUAGACAAGACAUUUUCUUCCACCGAUCCCUUGUCUGAAAUAGUUUGGUCUCCAGAUAAAGGUUUCAGUCUCAAAUGUGUUGAUUCAAGUUACACAAAUAAAAAGGCCUCCAUGUUUGGGGAUUUUGAACCAAGCAGUAUGGUUCUUGCUCUGCUCCAAAGCGUUACUGAUGGAAGUUCUGCAACGGAUAAACCAGUAAAUGACGUUUUUGUAGAACCUAUUGCAGUCAUAUGCUCAAACAAUGAUGUUUCCUCCGCAGAUACUUCCUCUAGGCACCCAUCAAGUGAUUCAGUUUUAGUCAUCCCCGACCAUAAAACAUGUGAAGGUGAUAAUGGUACAGGAUUCGGUGAUGAUAACAUGGAGAAAAUGAACAUUGAAAUAGAAACACUUCAGUUGUCAAACGAUCAGAAGGAGAAUCUGAUGAAUGAUUUGGAGAAUAAUCUUUGUGCUCAAGCUGACAUUGGAACAGCUAUAAUAUCUGAGGGAAAGGGAAAUAAAUCUACUUUUUCAGGUCAGAUUGGCGGAAGGCCAAUGCAUAAUUUAUUACUUCAAACAGAUGAACCUAAAUGUGGCUUGGAAGAAAAUCCUUCAAUGAAACAUUGCAAUGGAGGCACGGAAACUGGUGUUCUCAACAAGGUAGUUGAAAUAGAAGAUGGAUUAUGUACUAGGGUUGAGCAUGUAAUCGAAUGUAAUGGUUCCGCUGCUCACGGAACAAGUUUAAUAUCUUCUGGCGUCAACCCUUUACCAAAACUCGAAUCAUCUGCGGAGAAUGAUUUGCAAACUUUCAACUGUGAGUCAAAAUCCAAUGAGAACAAAAACAAAUCCACGGGAAAUGAAAUGAUGGUGCUAUGUAGUAAGAACCCUCCAAUCAUUACUUCUCCAUGUAAUAGCAGGAUUCGUAUGACAAGAAAUGAAGGUAAGGAGAAGUCACUAUCGGAUCGAGAUUCCAAUGUCAGUUUACCAAAGGAGGAUGACUUUCAUUUGAAUGUUGAAAGUUGCCGUAGUUCUGGGUUACUUUUGGCAGGUAAGAAGAGAAGCAACUUUCAGCAAGUGAUAAUUGGGAGUAAAAAACUAAAAAAGCAAAUUCAAGAAACUUCAUGUUCUAAAUCCUGUGUUCAACCGGAUAGCUCAUUCAUGAACUUGGUUUCAAACAUGCUGAAAAGAUGCUCACAAUCAACUCAAGAUGAGAACAAGUCUUUGGCUCUUAACCUCGAAAAUCCUCAUCACCAUCUUCAACAGACCGAUCAGAAACUUCUCACAUGCAACAGGAGUCAAGAUCCGAAGCUAAAAAAUGCAGGGUUCAGAUCCAAUUUUCAGUCGGUGGCUGGUGCAAAAUUUAAGAAUGUUGGAGCAAGAAAAUUUCAAGUAGGAGAUGGUUCUAAAGAUUUUGAGGUAGGAAAUAAGGUACAUGGAAUAGAUGUUGCUCCAAUUACCUUCUAUGCAGAGAACAAUAGCCUUUACAGACAGUAUUUUCCAUCAAAUAAACUUGAAGUAUCCGAAAGGAGACUUCAUACCAGUCCUAUAAAUUCUCUCAACAGUCAUGAACACUGGGUAAAUAACUCAUUGGAGAAUGAAAAUUAUUACAAGCUGGGGAUAACUAAGGAGAAGGAAGGAAUGGCAUCACUACCACUACAUUCACCCUCAACUGGACAAAAAAGAAAUGAUAAUGAGAAUGCUGAAUCGAAUGAACUGUAUGAGAGAAGGGAAAUCUGUCAUAAAAGUGAAACUGUGGAAGGACUCUGGAUAAAUCGUUUUUUGCCAAAGUCAACUUCUCCCUCGAUAGUUUUUGAUCAGCUGAACGAGAGAGGUGAUUCUGAAGACCAUUCCACCUAUAAACAUAUUUCUCUGACCAAUAAAGAGGAUUCCACUGUCCUUAAGGAUAAGGGAAGUGAAUAUCAGUUUGCAAAGCAUGAGUCGAACUCCAUUACACCUUUCCCAGGAUUGAGAGAUUCAAGACCAAUGGUGUCCAUGUUUGCAAGAACAUUAGGUGCCAUCAAACAAUGCCAUAAAGAGUAAUCUACCACAGAUAAACAUGUCUUUCUUCUGGUUACCAGAGGUCACCAACUUGUGAUUUACUAAAGGUUACAGGAAAUAAUUCAUGAACUUAUAAAAAUAGAAAUAGAUUUAGGAGAAUUGGAGUAUCUCAUUGUCUAUAAAUUUCUAUGUAUUGUUGUUUUAAUACUCCUUUUUCUCUUGUUUCUUUGGUGGCAAGUGUGAUGAAUAAUGCUUUUCUCAUCAUGCUUGAAAAUAAUGCUACAUUUAUUAGAAUCCCUGUACUUAGAAGAGUAGGGUCUGAAAAGUUUGAUUGUGUAAAUAUCCAUACAUAGCAGCUUCAAGCAACAUUUGGAUAAUUGUAUAAUAGCUUACACGGUGAUAUUGUAAUCAAAUAAUAUAUUGAAGAUUUUAACUUUAA